AUGCUUACCAAAUUUUUAUUACAUCUUAUAGUUUUCUUAUUGAUUGUAUCCAUUCUUGAUUUAACAAUUAGCAAAAAGAGCAAGGAGAGACGGAAAGAAAGAUCGUCAAAUCCGAAGCACAUGAAAGCUUAUCGUAAAUCAGAUGGUGUAAGUACAACUAGAGAUCACCAUUUGUCAGUUCUGGGCGUUAUAACCUCCAUUACUAUAAGUACACAGUUAUCAGUCUACCUAUGA